AGAAUGCGCCAUGCCAGUGAGAGACUUAAUGCUGCAAAGAGAGGUUAGAGAGGAUGCUGGGUGGUGCAUCAACUUCUCACAUUUACACAUUCAUUCCAUCUGUCACAUGAUGUCAUUGUGAGCGAGUGUUCCCCCAAGGCCUAUGCUCAAGAAAGACAAUGGCUCCGGCCCUGUCGGAGUCUAGUCAGUGUCAGGUUCCAGAGUCGCCACCAACAGCAUCCUCACCUCCAGUAGAGGUUGAUCACCCUGAGGGAUACCUUAGUGUGAAGCGAGACCUGACAUCCGGCUAUCUGCAUCCCGGUCUGACUUAUGCGGAUGCUGUUGACUCCUUCACAUCUGCUGCUGCUGCUGCAGACUAUUCCCCAACUCAAAGGAUGAGCUGCACUCCUCAACGAGUUACCCUCUCAACCUCGUGUGGCAGGGAAAUCCAAAUUCCUGGUCCUGUUGAAGGAAAGUUUCACCCUAAGGUUAGUAAUGGAAUCACAGCUGCAGUGGGUCUUGUGACAGCUCUCCAUUCUGAAGCUUCAACUAUCACAGCAUCGCAGAAGACCAUCGACAGGACUGGAACAUCUAAGGUUGCCCUGAGGGAUCGAUCCUUGGAUGAUGUGAGGCAGAGGGAAUGGGAGAUGCGAAGAAGGCAGCAGGCUAUCUUGCGUAGAUUGCGCAGGCUUCAGACCAGACUUGUCGUCAAGAACAUCAAGGACCAGCUGGAGAGAUUGGUGCAGUAUGGGGUUGAGAAUCUUCAGGUGCAGAGCGUCCAUAGAACCCAAGAUCCUUUCCUGGUUGGCUUGUACAAAGAGCUUGAGGAACUCCCCAACCUUGGAUCCCUCUCAAUCAGUGCGCUUUUGAACCUGGUUCGCAAGAUUGAACAGGCGAGUGUCAGUGUGCCUUUGAGGCAGAUCUCGUAUGCGGGGCACUUUGGUGUAGACUCUGUGAAUGGUGUCACCAAUUCCGUUCCCAGUGUGAUAGUUAGAUGGAAGAGUAGCCGGGAUGCCAGUCGUGUGUUAGAUGCAGCUGCAAGGCUCUCAAAGCAGACACAGACUUGUGAACCUGAUGAAGAUGACUUGACUGAUAGUAGCUCUGGAGGAGAAAGUUGUGAUGAAUUUGAUGGGUAUAAGAAGAAGCAGCACUUGAUAUCAGUGAAUGACAGUCAUGCCAGUGAUUAUUCUGGAACUCCACCGCAGUUGGAGAAGAGAGCACUUUGGAAAUGGGCAACAGAUCGGGCAUCAUUAGCAUCAAAGUGGUGCUGGCUGCAGCUUCAAUUGGCUGAUUUAGACCUGAAGUUGAAGAAAUACAAGGAACUGUCCAGUCAGCUGAAUGGUGAGAAGGAGUGGGCUGAGCAGGACUGCUGUGCAAGGGUGGUGCCACUGCUAAGGUAUCCUAGGAGAAAAAGACACUCUCUACAUUUGGGCCCGGGUUCCCGCUGUCUGUGCAUGGACAGUUGUCCUCCCAAAGAUGAUCCUAUCCAAGACCACUCAUAUUCCAAGUUGCGGAAGAGGUCCUUCUGGGAAAAUGUGGCAUCCUGUGAUGUCUCAUAUCAUCAUGUCCUUUCCUUGCCUGAAGAUGUGACCCUUGGGGCUCAGUUACAAGGUCUGCUGAAGGUUGAUGAGAGGAAGCGAAUGGGUCUCUUCCAGGAAUUGUCUUCAUCGAUCCCACAACGCAAUGAUGUAGAUCAUCCAAAGGAAGGGCGGAAGACCCCCACCACUCCAUCUCACCGUCGAGUUAUCCAAAGAACCAAGUCUCUUUCCUCAUAUGCCAAGAAGGCGUUGAUGGAUAGUGGGACAAAACUGACUAACACAGACAUGGAGAGUUUGAAGAGAAAACGAAGGGCUGCCCAAGCUGUUAUUGAAUCAAUGAAAUCAACAGGAGAUACAGAUGAAGCAGCUCCAAAGCUGAGUGCCACAAAGUCUGUCCCAGCAUCCCGAGAGCAUUCCCCAUCGCGCUCUGAGUGUGAUAGCCGAUCCAGCAGUGAAAGCAAGCAUCAUCACAACCAUCUUGACAAAAAGCGGAGGCAGUCAGAGCACUCCUUUGACAUAAACAACAUUGUGAUACCAUACAAUGCUGCUCCGAUCCGAUUUGAGCGCCUCCCCUACAAAGAAAUUGUCACUCCUGGGUGGAUUGUGGAAGAGAUCACCCCAUUGAAUUCUGCUAGUCAUGGUGGCACUGAGAUGGAAGGAGAAGAGUGGGAAGACACUAGGGAUGAGGCUUUCAGGGAAAGGCACAGUCGGUGUGAGGUAGCUGAAAGGCUUCGCUUUCUUGGCCAGCCAACCGCCUCUCUCCGCCGCCCUCCUGACUCUGAUCUCACUCCUGAAGCAGUGAGUCCAGUGACAGGGGAUCAAUGGAGUGAGGCAAGCUGGAGUCCACCGACAACUCCUCUUCUCAUUCCAGAGGAAGGGAACCACCGGGUUCGAAGUGCCUCCUACUCCUCGUCAUCGUCGUCUCAGUCGGCUUGGAAGGGACCACAGACGAGACACCAGCGUCUCUUGGAUUUCUCCACCACCUCUACAUCUGCCUCCUCUUCAGGCACCCUCUCUUACCUGCAUCAGUCCAGUGCUGUAGAGGCACAGCCAUAUGAUGGGAGGAGGUUCCCUUUGCCAGAUAGGGAAUUGGAGAAAAUGAGAGCAUCAUCCCCAGUGAUUCUCCAUUCCCAUAUUCAUUCUCCUUCUGAAGAGGAGAGCUAAGCUAUGGAAGCAUGAGAUGCCCAUCUUCCAUGUUUGUCUCUUGUUGCUCUGUGUGGUUUCUCCCCCACUGUAAAUAAAUAUCAUCAGACCAGCAGAAGAACAAGCUAGUAAAAGUGUCUGCCUGUCUUGAAAAAAUAAGUGAUUGUUCAUCCUGUGGGGUUGCAGCUGAAUGUUCAAUUUCCGAAAACUGGCUUUGUCGACAUCUUACCUCAUCUGUGGCAUCCUUCAGUCUACAUGUUUCGAAAGGGGAGAAGUUAUGGAAUGAAAGGAUGUUUUUCAAAGGAA